AUGAUAUUUGACAUCAAUCGAUUUCACUUUUUCGUACUCUUGACGUGGCAGUUCGCAAUCUUUUUUGCCUCACAGCAGAUAUUUCCGAUUUUCUCCAAUUAUGUACCGGAAUGGCAAUGCGAUGAUGGACCAGUUUCGAAGAACUGCACCAUCUACACGACGUGUAACGGAACGUUGAGAUAUCCAAACUCACAGUUCCAUUCAGCUGCAUUGGAAUAUGGCUGGAUAUGUGGCAGCACGGCCUAUUUGGCCUCGUUAUUCUCUCAAGGUCCAAUUCGCUGGUGUUCUUUGUGGUACGUUCUCCUUCGGCGCUCUUUCGGACGUCUUUGGUCGAAAGCCGGUCGCAUUUUCGCAAUGACCAUGGGUAUAGUAACGAACUUCGUCACAGGUCUUGCUCCAACAUGGCAAAUUCUCAUGGCGAUCCGAUUCUUUGUGGGACUUUCUGUUGGCGGCACGUUGGUCGUUGUUUGUACGUUCGUAAUGGAAAUGCUCCUGCACAUCAGCGGAUGGCUCUCAGAGCAUUCUUCAAUUGGGGUGUUGCCCGACUGA